UCAUCCAAUCUUCCCUACUCUCUAUACUUCGAUGAGAAACAGAAAACAGUUCAAAUGGGUAAUUCAUCUAAGACUAAAUCGUAAAUCUGCUACAAUGAUUUUGUGAGUAAAAGGUGAGUGCUAAUUGGUGUUCUUUUGCAGGUAUUGAUACUAUGUUUUGUGAUAGCUACGGCUGUUUGCGUAGCAAUGGCCAUUUUGGGAUACCUAAUGUUCGGUUCACAGCUGCAGUCUCAGAUAACUCUUAACCUCCCUACAAAUACACUGAGCUCUAAAGUAGCUACAUAUACUGUUCUAGUGAAUCCUCUAUCUAAAUACGCGUUGUUUCUAAAGCCUCUUGUCGAUGCAAUAGAGAGUCAGCUGAUGUCUACGCAUGGCAAAAGAAGCUGCAGCGCAUUCACAGGAAGCUUGCUGCUCUGCAGCACUGUCCUUGUAGCCCUUACCAUACCUUACUACGAAAUUUUCAUGUCGCUUGUUGGAGCUUUCACGACGGUGAUAGGGUCGAUAUUGCUGCCGUGCUUCUGCUACCUGAGGAUUUGUGGAGCUUGUGUGGAUCUAGGAUUUGAGUUGGUGGUCAUUAGGUCUACUGUGUUGAUGGGGCUUAUUAUUCUAGUUGUUGGUACUUAUACAUGUCUGUUACAAAUAUUUGAGAAUCUAUACAUGUAGCCAAUUAGUGUAUAUCUAUGUAUUUGUGUAUGAAGAUGUAAUAGGGCAAAACAGCUAUAAAAAUGCAGCACUACA